CCCGGUAGACUGGGAAAGUGCGUGCCGCCGUCGGGGAUAACCAGGGAAAGGUUGUGCGGUUUUCUUGCGCUCCGCUAUGCACCGGCUGUUGUGGCGAUGCAGCUGUCCUCGGAAACUCCGUCCAUGGGCGGCGCUGCAACAGACUCGGCACACACCAAGCUUCCCGUACAGCACUCCCUCGGCACACUCUACUCAGGCAGGAGAAGGGGUAGCCGAAGAUAAGGCGGGUACAGGACAAGAAGGAACAGAAGGAAUAAGAGAAUCACGGCACAGCAGGGCCAAUAUCAGCGAAGAAGAGCUCGAGAAAUUUCGCCACCUUGAGAAGGAGUGGUGGAACCCGGCUUCCAGGCAAGGAGCCGGGCCGCUGCACUCCAUGAAUGUGACGCGCGUGCAGUACAUUGUCAGGCAGGUGGGUUCGUCGCUGCCCGAGGCUUCGCCGCACUGGGGGUCUGCGACGCCGCUAGCCGGGCUCCGUGCGCUGGACGUCGGGUGCGGCGGGGGGCUGCUGAGCGAGUCUUUGGCGCGGCUUGGGGCAGAGGUGGUGGGGGUUGACCCGUCGCCAGAGAACGUGGCCGUGGCAUCUGCGCACGCCCAAGGCGAUCCGCUGACUCGGACGAUCCGCUACGAGGCCACGACCGCAGAAGAGCUGGAGAAUCGAGGAGAGCAGUUCGACCUGGUUACAUCGCUGGAGGUGAUCGAGCACGUGGAAGACCCCGCCGGUUUCGUGUCGUCCUUGGCAAGCCUGACACGGCCCGGGGGGAUGCUGGCCAUGUCGACGAUCAACCGAACCGCUAAGUCCUUCGCGCUCGCGAUCGUGGGCGCGGAGUACCUGGCAGGCAUCGUGCCGGUGGGGACCCACGACUGGCGGAAGUUUGUCCCCCCAGAGGACCUCGCGGCGAUGCUGCAGGCACACGGGUUUCCAGGAGAGCUCGUGGAGACGUGCGGGUUGAUGUACAACCCGGUGUCGGGCAGAUGGAAGGAGAACCCGGGGGACUUGGACGUGAAUUACAUUGUGACCGCUCUGCGUGGGGGUGGGGGAACGGGGUGA